AAAGUGCAAAAGAGGAAAUGGGCAGCCUAGAAAAUGGGAAAACAACAACAGGGUGGGCUGCGAGAGACCCAUCAGGGAUUCUAUCGUCUUACACAUACACUCUUAGGAACACAGGGCCAGAGGACGUGUUCAUCAAGGUAAUAUGCUGUGGUAUCUGCCACACCGAUCUCCAUCAAAUCAGAAACGAUCUUGGCAUGUCCAACUACCCAAUGGUUCCUGGUCAUGAAGUUGUUGGUGAGGUCAUGGAGGUUGGUUCUGAUGUCACUAAGUUCAGAGUUGGAGAUUGUGUCGGUGUGGGUUGCAUCGUUGGAUGUUGCAGGCAAUGCUCUCCUUGCAAAUCAAACAUUGAACAAUACUGCAACAAGAAGAUUUGGUCCUAUAACGAUGUGUACCCAGAUGGUAAACCCACCCAAGGAGGCUUUGCUGGUUCCAUGGUCGUCGAUCAGAAGUUUGUCGUGAAGAUACCAGAAGGGAUGGCGGCAGAGCAAGCGGCGCCGCUACUAUGUGCAGGGUUGACAGCCUAUAGCCCAUUGAGGCAUUUUGGGUAUAAUCACAGUGGGGUGAGAGGAGGGGUUUUGGGACUUGGAGGUGUUGGCCACAUGGGAGUGAAGAUAGCCAAGGCGAUGGGUCACCAUGUCACUGUGAUUAGCUCUUCUGAUAAGAAACGAGAGGAGGCAUUGGAACAUCUCGGCGCUGACGCCUACCUCGUGAGCUCUGAUACUGCGGCCAUGCAAGCAAUUGCUGAUAGCCUCGACUACAUAAUCGACACUGUUCCCGUCUUCCAUCCACUCGAGCCUUACCUUUCUCUCUUGAAGGUCGACGGCAAGUUGAUCUUGACUGGUGUGAUUUCAACCCCUCUGCAAUUCGCUUCCCCUGUUGUAAUGCUCGGGAGGAAGUCGAUCACAGGAAGCUUUAUAGGAAGCAUGGAUGAAACAUCAGAGAUGCUUGAGUUCUGCAAGGAGAAGGGAUUGACGUCAAUGGUGGAAAUAGUGAAGAUGGAUUAUGUGAACAAAGCCAUAGAGAGGUUGGAGAAGAACGAUGUGAGAUACAGGUUCGUUGUGGAUGUGGCCGCCAGCAAGCUUGAUGAAUGAA